UUUACUCAGAAGGCGCUUGGUAGUAUCACUACGCUGUCAAGUAAGAACGGGACUAAGCUUCAAGCUACUGCGCCCAGGCGAGGCGUUCGUCAGCUGCAACCGUGCUCCCUCUAAACACAAUUAUGGACGUUGGGACAUACUGCUCGCUCAGAAAUUAAAGCUUUAGCGGCUUGCGGCCUUCACGGCUUUGCCCAAGAGUCCUGUUUGGCGCGCUCGGCAUUGCCUGUUACAGUGCGGUCCGUGGCCUGCGGUUGUUCGCCAUAAUGACAUCUGGCAGCAGUGUGGGGCGGCGCCCUAUGGGCUUCUUUGGGCCCUUCAAUAAGUGGUGGAGUAAAUUCUUCCUGGACCACGGCCGGCGCCCGAGCAAGACCGACAUAGAGGCGUGGCGCGCGGACAAUAUGUCAUGGAGACCGGAACUGACGGUAGAAGACAUUGUCCAGCACUCGAAAGGCCGUCGUGACCCGGAGAAGAACCGGCAAUACUUUGUGGAAUAUCGGCGUAAGAUGAAGGCGGCAGCCAAGAAACCCACACGCAGGGCGUCACGCCGGCGGCGGCGCAGCGGCGGUGCGGCGGCGGCGGCACGUGACGUUGACUUGGACGAGGAGGAUGAGGAGCUGGCGGAGGGCGCCGAGGAGGAGGAAGACGAGGAGGUGCAGGGGCCGGGGCAGGCAGCGGAGGGUGCCGCAGCGCAGCUGGAAGUGGAAGCGGAGGGCCCGAUGGCCUCACACGCGGAGGAAGCUGCCGCCGCGGCGGAGCGCUCGGAGCAGGGUCUGCCCGCCUUGCAAGGCGGGUCUGUCCUGUCUGCUCUGCCCACUCGGGCUCCCGGUGCAGCGGGAGUGGAGGCGUUGCGGGGCUGCGCACCUGAGCCUGAUGCCCUGCGUGUGCCAGCCGAACGCGGCAAGUGCAGCUCGAUCGGAGCUGGUGCUUCCUCUAGCUCGGUGCCGUCCGCCUCUGAGGGCGAGAGCAUUCUGCCCAAUGGCCCUGCCGCCGCCGUCAUCAGCGCGGCCGCCGCCGCGGCUGCGGCGGCCGCCGCCACCCUGGACGCCACGGACUCGGCCGCCGAUGAAGCCGUGUACUGGCCCGGCGGGCAGCUAGAGCCCAGGAGCGCGCAGCUGUCCUGCCACGCGUCGCCGCUUCAUGGCGAUAUGCUGGCUGGCGCCGGCGCUCUCCCUAGCCACUUCGCUGCGGUCGCGGCAUCUCGCGCCGCGUCGUCGGCCCUGCCCGCCGUGCACCUGCCCGAGGUCGCGCUACCACCCAGCGCGGCUGCCGCGAUGCAUGGUGCCGUGCCGCUAGGCCUGGCACCGCGGGGCGCGCACUCCCUAGUGGGCCUGGUGACUCAAAUCGCCAUGCGCCGCACCCGCGGGCCCUCCACCUCCGCGCUGCUCCGCCGCGGCAGCGCCGCGCCGGUGUGCGGCGGAGGCGAGGGCGGUAUCGGCGGCGGUCUCAGCCACCAGGGCAGCAUCAGCGUAACGAGCGCCGCCGCCAGCGAUGCGCCGCUGCCGCCGGAGACUCUCCUGGGCUUGCUGGGACCGGCCGACUUCGGUGGUGCAUGGGGUUGUGGCGGCCUGGGCCCGUCAUCGUGGGCCGCGGACUGGGACUCCCACUCCAGCUGGCCUGCGGAGGUGGGCGCAGCAGCCGCGGCGCUGGCGGGCUGCGAGGCUGCCACAGCCGCAUGCGGCAGCGGCGUGCCGACCUGGGCAGACCUGGGCAGCAGCAGCAGCUGCGGUGACGGCAGCGCAGUCGACAUGGCUCGGGUGGGGAGCAGCGCGGGGCCAUUGGAGCUGGCGAGGUUUGCGACUGCGCCCAUCCUGCCGCCACUGAGUUCGGCGGCCGCGUGCGCGGCCGCUGCAGCCGCUGCAACCGCGGCUGCGGCCAAGCCACCGGCCACGUCGGCGAGCGCGAUACCUCUGGACCCGGCGCGACUAAUGUGCGGCAGCAUGAAGCGGCCCCUAGACCUAGCACACGCCCCUAGCGCCACAAGCCUCACGGCUCUGGCAGAGGUCCAGGGCGGGCCGGAGGAGUCGCUUGCGAAGCAGCGCCGUCAGGGGAUCCGCAUGCAGCGGCGGCUAGAGCAGCGCCAGCUUCAGCACCAGCCGUCCGAGGUCCUGGUGUCGCCGAAUGUCUGCGGCGAGGGCAGCAGCACCAGCAUAUCGGCUCCGGGUAUAGAAGCGGCUACUACGGGCCUGCAGCACGCGUCAUGGCCAUUUGCACACAACCAGCAGCAGCCGCACGCCCGAAACGACCCCAGCAGCGGCGGCGGCAUCACGCACUGCCAGCUCCACCUGCAUUGCGACAUGCGCCUGCUGCCGCAGCUGUCACCGGCGCCGUGUGAGCCCGCACCCGCUCUGCCGGCGGGCCUGUCCGGCGCAGCAGGCUACGCUGGUGCCGCCAGCUGCAGGCAUUACGCCAGCGCUGGCCUGCCCGCCUAUGGAGUGGCCGGUAACGGGCUGCUGGUGCACCAAAGCCAGGCUGCCAGUACGCUGGCGGCGCUGCCGCUCAGCAUCGCCUCAGGCAGUGAGCUCCAGCGUGGUGUGUCGCCCACGCUCCCGGCUGAGCCGGCGCCCUGCCCAAUGCCCGCCUUCUUCAUGAUGAAUGGCUACGGCUGCACAUACGAUGCGCCGUCGGUGCUGGUGCGCUCCAGCAACCUCGUCGCCGCGACUGCUCCGCAGGUGCUGCAACAGCACGGCCGCGGCCCGGGCACGUCACUGUGGGAAUGCGAGGGCGCAGAGGAGCAGGCGCAGCUCUGCCGCGGCGUCGCGCCCGCCGCCUUCGCCUUCGGAGCGGCGCCCGCUGCUGCUGCAGAGGCUGCGGCGCGCGCUGCGGAUGAGGAGGCGGGGGCGGAUGCCCUUGGCUGGUUGGACAGCGUGCUGGUUGACCCCGAGGCAUUCGACGCCAUUGCCUGCGCCUCUCCGCGGGCGGCAGCGGGCCCUGUGCAGGGCGCCUGCUUCAGCUCGCCAUUCCUGUCCCGGCAGACUCCGGAGCAGCACGAGCAGCAGCUGCUGCAGCAGGGGCACGGCGCGGGCGCGGGCGCGGGCGCCAGUAGCUGUGGCGGCGACCAGCACGUGGAUGGCGGUGAUGGCAUUCUGCUGUGCAGCGACAGACUGUUGUCGCUGAGCAGCGGUGGCUGCGGCAACAGCAGCGGAGUCUUCAUUCUUGUGUAGGAUUGCGAAGCUAUUCUUCCUUUCGUGACACGGGCGGACGGGCACAGGUGGAUGCAUGUACUUUGGCUGCCUGAAUAACGGGCCCCAGCACCUGAAGGCUCAUGUUUGGGGAAAGUGCUCGGCUGGGUCGGUGUUCGUUAUCGGCGCAUGUGUCACGACGUCUGCGCGAGAGAGAGCGCUUGUUGGGGCUCCCGUACGGUCGAGGUGCUCCUUGCAACUCUGUCCACAAGAAACAUAACCCAGACAACAGGCGGUGUGGCAGCAAGCCAACAUGGGCUGCCGCUGAUGGAGCCUGCGUAACUUAUCGUGUGAUGUUCUGUGCUGACGUGAAGAAGACGGCAACUGUGACCAAUCCAAGCGACCACCUGACGUCCGAUGUUAUCGCACCUAUUUUUAUGCAUGGGGUUGUGAGCUGCUGGCUUGGGCCGCCCACGUGAUAUGGUGAAGGCAGCUCGACUGCCUCCGGCGAUGUGGCCUGUGCUAGCAAUGUUAUCGUUGUUCGCGUGCCUGUGUGCGGCUUUCGUGGCGCAUGGUACGGUGUGUACAUUUGUUCUCGGGAUGCUGAUGGGCCGUGGGCACUGUUGCGGCAUGGUGGGCGUUUGCUCCCAAUAGGCGAUGCAUUAGAACUGCAGGGGAAACGCGCGCACUGCUGGUUCCAGGCACUGAAGUGUGGCUUCUCAAAUUGUUCUUCGCAGCUGACGUAGGCAGAUGUUGCAGUGGCACUGCUGGAACGAUGUGGGCGACGCCGGUGAUUCCCGGCGGCGAUGGUUCACACAGCUGUGGCCCUUCGCAAUUGGCUGCAGGAGUGCCCUGUCCGCUGCUAGGUGUCAGUUUGUCAUCUGGCGCGAUGCUGUAUUAUAACGACGUGUCGUGAGCUUCCAAACGUGGGACUCCUGGCGAGUGCACAUCUGCACGCGUUACAGUGGUGCCCGCAAGUCUGGUCUCACAACACCAUAAAGGCAGGCGCAUGGUUUUGCUUUGAUCAGGGGUUGAGACGUGUUGGAGCAUGAAAUCCAGCGGGAAGCUGGCGGUGAGUGGAAGGCCACUGCAUUUCACAACGUAGCGCAUAUCACAUCCAACAAGCUGCGCCUCAGGUGUUGGACGUCUGAGGGAGUCACAUGCUGCAAGGGGACGAGUAAGAGAGGCGUAGGAAACUAGCAAGCUGUCGGCAGACCGGGCAGGAGUCCUGGUUACGGCAAGCUCUUUAGGUCGGGUAUUGCACGGUAGAUGAUGAUAUACUAGCUAACGCAUCGGAUGUCGGGUGUGCAAUGCGCACACGCCCUGGGACGCUGUGACUCCGUACAGGUCGGGUCGACAGAAUACAACAUAGAGAUUUCGCGGACAGGCAGCGGAGAUUUAGGGGUUGGCUGGAGGCUGGCAGGGGAAGAUGUGCGUGCCUUGGGACGUGCCACUGGGAUACCUGCAACGAUGACAUCAACGUCUGUGCCCCCACCAACAUAUUACGGUGGGGUGUGCUGUGUCGGAGAAUGAAUGAAGCCGUGGGCGCAGUCGCCACGGGCGGGUGCCGGAGAGUUAUAUCAUCCGUAUGGGCUGUGGGGCAGGCGCUGUGCUCUUUCCUCAUUCAUUCAGUACCGAUAGAGGCCACGAGUUGACUGGUGGGCUGCUGCAAAGUGCCGAAUGAGGCAAUGUGAUGGAAGCAUGAAGCUCAUGCUUGACCAGGCCGGGAACGACCCCUUCCCUGGGUCUUGCCUGCGGCCAGAGCAAUCCGACGCGCAUACCGUAUGUCGACCGGGGGAAUGCAUUCUUAUUAGGGCGGCAAGAUAUUUGUUAAUGCCUAUUGCAUGUAAAUAGGCGGCGGGGAAAAUUCGGGCGGAGCGAGAGGUGCCUUCGCUUGCAUAUGGCUCCACAGGUGUAUCGGAAGGCCACGACGAUUCCACGGCGUGGAGUAAAUGGGGUGGUCUGGUCAGGUGCGGCGAUGAAGUGGCGGGAGCAAGCGCUACCACCUGUAACCCCCGCCGCUCCACCCUGUUCAGUAACAGUGCCCUGUGCUAUCGCCUGGGACUUAGCCUGUUCGCCAACCUGUCCCUUUGCAUGUCCUGUCUUUGAUGCAGCCCAGACGCCCGCACCUGACCUGGACAGCAGGCAGGCGCGGUGUAUGUGCUGCCCCAGUCACUCGUGUGUCACCGGAUGUUUGCUGGCUUCUUGUGCCUCUCAUGAAUUACGUGUGCUGUCAGAUUUAGAAUCCAAGCACAGUGUCACACAGGGGAGGUGUCACGCACUAGACAGGCGUGGAAAGCCGGGAACGUGACGAUUAUCAGUUACAUGGGUUCAAAACUUGUGACGCC